AUGGUGGAAAACGGAAAGCAAAACAAAGCUAAGCUGGAAAAAAAGAGGAAAAGAAAAGGUGCAAGUGAAAAGGGGGAAGGGGGAGUAGAGUGCACGGUGGCGCACGCUAGCACCAGGGGCCUAAUUGUGCGCCCUGAAUCUACAACAAGUCUGGCGGACCUCAAAGGAACCCUAGCGUUCCUUCGAUCGUCCCUUAUCUCAAUAGUGGCAGAUCGGUUUGAUUUCAAAUCAAAGAAGAAGAAGAGGAGAGGGAUUUACGGUGCAAAGAUGCUUUGGAUUCUACGAUUUUCAGGCUUCUUCUCUGCCGCAGUUGUCAUGAUUAUACUCUCUCCUUCUCUCCAAUCCUUCCCUCCAGCUGAAGCCAUUCGCUCCUCGAAUCUCGACGGCAACCUUCGUUUCUCCGUCCUUCUCUCUCCUCCCCAUUCCCUCCCCCAACUAUCCUUCCGAAAGUCGGCUAUAUUCCGUAAUGCUGAUGAAUGUGGCUUCUCCGACCACCAAAUCAGAGGCAGAACAAGUGUCUGUGAUCCUUCAUUGGUCCACGUAGCGAUCACUCUCGAUGUGGAGUAUCUUCGUGGCUCAAUUGCGGCCGUUCACUCAAUUUUGCAGCACUCAUUGUGUCCAGAAAAUGUAUUCUUCCAUUUCUUAGUCUCUGAGACCAAUCUGGAAUCCCUAGUUCGAUCCACUUUCCCUCAAUUGAAGUUCAAAGUGUAUUAUUUCGAACCGGAGAUAGUACGCAGCCUCAUUUCUACUUCAGUUAGGCAAGCGCUUGAGCAGCCACUCAAUUACGCGAGGAAUUAUUUGGCUGAUUUGCUAGAGCCCUGUGUUAAAAGAGUGAUUUAUUUGGACUCUGAUCUAGUUGUCGUUGAUGAUAUUGCAAAGUUGUGGACUACUAAUUUGGGUUCUAGGACUAUUGGAGCUCCGGAAUACUGUCAUGCCAACUUCACAAAGUAUUUUACGGCGGGUUUCUGGUCGGAGGAGCGGUUUUCGGGGACAUUUUGGGGGCGGAAACCCUGCUACUUUAACACCGGAGUGAUGGUGAUAGAUCUGGUGAAAUGGAGACGGGUCGGUUACACGAAGCGGAUUGAGAGGUGGAUGGAGAUCCAGAAGAGUGACCGGAUCUAUGAUUUGGGUUCGUUGCCGCCGUAUCUUUUGGUAUUUGCGGGACACGUGGCGCCGAUUGAGCAUCGGUGGAAUCAACAUGGGUUAGGUGGUGAUAAUGUGAGAGGUAGUUGCCGAAAUUUGCAUCCGGGUCCGGUUAGUCUAUUGCAUUGGUCUGGUAGUGGAAAGCCGUGGCUCAGGCUCGACUCAAAGCAACCGUGCCCUCUUGAUGCUCUGUGGGCACCUUACGAUUUGUAUGGACACUCGCAUUGA